UCAAAUUGCCCAUGAAAAUCCGCAGAAGUAGCUAGGCCUUCCAUACUUGGAAAAAUCUCUCAAACCCAAUCCUCUUCUGCUUCUCUCUUUACCUUUCCAUCGUCCAUGCCAAGCCGGGGUUUUGCAGGGAAAUCCCUACCACCAUGAAUCACCUCCAUCGGUACGCGUCCACCCGCUUCGGACGGCUCCCAAAGACCUUCUCAGAGUUGUCAGAUCUGAGGCGGGAAGUUCCAUGGUGGAAUCAAGUCCUUGAUCCUGGAAGCCCCACUCUAACCAAAUGGAACUACAUUAUUCUUUGCACAUGCCUCGUUGCCUUGUUUUUGGACCCUCUCUACUUUUUCCUUCCCGUUAUUGGUGCCCCAGGUUGCAUGCAAAUCGAUCUAGGCUUAGGUAUCUUUGUCACCUUCUUCCGUACCGUCGCAGACUUGUUCUUUUUCAUUCACAUCACCAUCAAGUUCAGGACUGCAUUUGUCGCACCCUCUUCUAGGGUUUUCGGAAGGGGAGAGCUCGUAAUGGAUCGAAAGGCCAUCGCCAUUCGCUACUUGAAGUCCAGUUUCAUCAUUGAUCUUGCUGCUGCCCUCCCUCUCCCUCAGAUUGUCAUCUGGUUCAUAAUUCCAGCAUCGAAAAGUGCAACGGCUGCUCAUGCUAACCAUACACUUUCUUUCAUUGUCCUCCUUCAGUAUAUUCCUCGAUUCUUAAUCAUGUUUCCAAUUAAUCGACGGAUUAUUAAAAGUACGGGAGUUGUCGCCAAGACUGCUUGGUCAGGGGCAGCAUACAAUCUCGUUCUGUAUACGCUAGCUAGCCAUGUGUUGGGAGCUUCAUGGUAUGUGUUGUCGAUUCAACGGCAGUACGAGUGCUGGAGAAUAGAAUGUUCAAAAGAGAUGAAUUCCACACAUUCACCCUCAUGUAAUCCUUACUUCCUUGAUUGUAAUACCGUCGGAAAGUCUGCACGGAACGCUUGGCUCAAGAAAACUAAUGUGAUCAUCAAUUGCGAUGCUUUGAAUGAUGAUGACAAAGAUUUUCAGUUUGGAAUGUUUUCUGAUGCUUUUACCAACAAUGUUGCCUCAUCGGAUUUCCCUGAUAAAUACUUUUACUGCCUUUGGUGGGGUUUGAAAAAUUUAUGUUCUUAUGGACAAAGUAUUAUGACAAGUACUCUGAGUUCAGAAACUUUAUUUUGCAUUAUUAUUUGCAUAUGUGGUCUAGUCUUCUUCUCACAUCUCAUAGGCAACAUGCAGGGCUAUCUUCAAUCUACUACAGCUAGACUAGAAGAGUGGAGAAUUCGACGAAGAGAUACAGAAGAGUGGAUGAGACACCGGCAAUUGCCACCAGAUUUGCAAGACCGUGUGCGCCGGUUCGUUAACUAUCAAUGGACUGCCACAAGAGGUGUUGAUGAAGAAGCUAUAUUGAAGUCCUUACCCUUGGAUCUCCGGCGUCAAAUUCAAAGGCAUCUCUGUCUUGCCCUUGUUCGCCGUGUUCCAUUUUUUGCUCAGAUGGAUGACCAGCUACUAGAUGCCAUAUGUGAACGCCUUGUCUCGUCCCUGAACACCAACGACAUGUUCCUUGUCCGAGAAGGUGAUCCAGUGCAGGAGAUGCUUUUCAUCAUUCGAGGCAAAGUCGAAAGCUCGACAACCAACGGGGGUCGAACAGGGUUUUACAAUUCGAUAACCCUUGGACCUGGUGACUUUUGUGGUGAAGAGUUGCUGACAUGGGCCUUGAUUCCACAUUCAGACUCCAUCAUAAACCUUCCAUUGUCAACCCGAACGGUGAAGUCAAUUACAGAAGUUGAGGCCUUUGCUCUCCGUGCCUGGGAUCUCAGAUAUGUGGCUAAACAAUUUAAGCGACUGCAUAGCAAGAAACUGCAACAUGCGUUCAGAUACUAUUCUCACCAAUGGAGGACUUGGGGAGCAUGCUUUAUUCAAGCUGCUUGGAGACGGUACAAGAGGAAAAGGCUGGCCAUUGAGCUAGCAAAACAAGAACAGUUGUAUGAUGACAUGUAUGACAUGGACGAUGGGGCUGGUGCAGAAUAUGAGGAUGGCGAUGCUUCAUCCUCGGAUCAAGCCAACCAUGCCCAGCAUCUAGGGAUCACCAUACUGGCUUCUAAAUUUGCUAAAAACACUAGAAAAGGAGCAAAGAAGACGGUUUCCCGGAUUAACCAAGAUGAUUCCAUCUUAAAAAUGCCCAAAAUGUUUAAGCCUGUGGAGCCUGAUUUCUCUGCCCUGUAAAUUUGGACUAAAAGUAAGUUGUGAUAAUUAAAAGAUAAUGCGAGAGGUUAGAGUGUCAA